UCUACGGCCGUGCCCUGCGCGCGGAGGCCGGAGGACGAGUCCCCAGCCGCUGCCGGCUCGAGGACCCCGCCGCUCCGGGGAGAGGAGGAGGAGCGGGACGGCCCCCCAGAGAAGGGCAAGAGCUCGGGCCCCAGUGCCAGGAAAGGCAAGGGGCAGAUCGAAAAGAGGAAGCUGCGGGAGAAGCGGCGCUCCACCGGAGUGGUCAACAUCCCCGCGGCAGAGUGCUUAGAUGAAUAUGAAGAUGAUGAAGCAGGGCAGAAAGAACGGAAACGAGAGGAUGCAGUUACACAACAGAACACAAUGCAGAAUGAAGCUGUAAGCUUAUUAGAUCCAGCCAGUUCCUGUCUGCUACAAGAGCCAUCUAGAACAGUUUCUGGCAGAUACAAAAGCACAAUUACUGCCUCUGAAGAAGAUGUUUCAAAUAGAUAUCCCCGAACAGAUAGAAGUGGGUUCAGCAGAUAUAACAGGGAUGCAAAUGCUUCAGGUAAUUUGGUUUCAAGUAGCACGCUGGAAAAGAAAAUUGAAGAUCUUGAAAAGGAAAUAAUAAGAGAAAGGCAAGAAAACUUAAGACUUGUGAGAUUGAUGCAAGAUAAAGAGGAAAUGAUCGGAAAACUCAAAGAAGAAAUUGAUUUGUUAAAUAGAGACCUAGAUGACAUAGAAGAUGAAAAUGAACAACUAAAGCAAGAAAAUAAAACUCUUUUGAAAGUUGUUGGGCAACUGACAAGGUAGAAGAUUCAAGGCUCAAUAUGGAAAAAAU